CCAACAUCUGCACCAGUUUCAUCCAGUUUGUCAAGUUCUAGUAGUGCACUAUCGACUUCGACGAGCUCGGAAACUGCUACAGCCAGCGAGACGGAAACUGUGAGCAGUAGAAGCAGCUCUACUACGACAUCUUCAACGUCGACGGAGCAAGUGUCUACAACUACAUCCACAAAGGCGUUGCCUGAGACAAGUCUGCCCAGCACUCCCAGCACCCCGCAGACCCAUACUUGGAGUGGCGUCGAGACCAGCACGGUGACUAGCACUACAAGCUCGAGCACCGGCACGGCUUCAACGAGCACAGGCACUACCUUGCCGCCAUUUCCCACCAUGCCUACCAGGCCAAGCACUCCCAGCACCCCGCAGACGCAUACUUGGAGCGGCGUCGAGACGGUGACUAGC